CUGCAAGCAUGUCUUGUGGGGAAGGGGUAUUCAGGAGGAGAAGGAAGCAGAGACAGAGAUGAUAAGGGUCGGAGUGGGGGUGGGGGUGGGAGUGGGAGUUCUAUAGCAAGGGCCCUCUGUUUCCAUGCAACGCCCAAGAGGAAACGUCACGAGCUGCCGGACUUCCCCUCAGUUCAAACGAACCCGGGAGUCCGGAACGAAGAAAAGGGAGGGAGGGAGAAAGAAGCUGAGCCCCUGCCCCUUCCCUCCCCUCCCAUCUUUUCCCCUCAACUGCCUAUAAACCUGUCCUCCCCAUGAUCCCCACCGGCGGCGCGCUGCUCUGGGCCCUGUGGCUGACCCUGGGGGCCGGGGCUGUGAAAGCCAGGGUCCUUGUCCAGAGCCACCCCGGAGCGGAUUGGGCUGGUGGCCGCGAAGGGGUCACCGUCACGGCAGGGAUCCCGAACAAGUUCUGGUCCAAGAUGAUGAAAAGGAAUGAACCUGGUUUGGUUGGGAAAAUAAUAAAUCCCGAGGAAAAGGAGGAAGACAAGCUGGCUGCCCCUGCUGCCGCUGAGCACCUGGCAGCCUCAGUGUCCUCGGUAUCGAGGAACCAGCAAGGACAGGGCCUGGAGGAGGGCCAGGAGCUCGAGGGGGAUGAGCAGCAGACGGAAUACGGAGAAAAUGACGAGGACCUAGCACAGGAGGAGGACGAAGAGCAGGACCAGGAACUUAGCCAGAUGAAGAAGCAUUCCAGAGACCCAGGGCAGGAUCAGGGUCAAGCGCAGACAACAGAGCAGGAGCAGAACCAAAAACAGGGAGAGAUUCAGGAGACAGAGAAGGAAAAGGAGAGAGAGGGAGAGGAACAAGGGCGGGAAGAAGCGCAAGACCAGGUGCAGGAGCUUGAGCGAAGGCAAGGACAGGGGAAAGUGGGUCAGAGGCAAGAGGAGGAGGCUGGAGGGUUAGAGGAAAGUCAGAGCCUGGGCCGAGAGCUAGAGCGACAGCAGGAGCUGGAGCCGCCGAAGGCGAAAGAGCAGCCGCAGAAACAGGUGGGGAAACAGACGAGGAAGCAGCACCACGUUCAUAUGCAGGAAGAGGAGGAGCAGGAAGAGCCCGAGCAGCUGCAGAUGGAGGAGCAGGAGCGGGAACGGGGGGAGGAGGAGGAGCAGCAGAAGGAGCCGCAGCAACAAAUUCAGCAACAGUGGCGGGAGCAGGAGCUGCCUCAGGCGAAGGAGCAGCAGAAGAUUCUGGUGCCCGAGCAGCAACAACAGAUCCAGAAACUGGCGCAGGAGCUGCUGCAGGAGAAGGAGCCGCAGCAGCAGCCGCCAGCGAGAACAGAAGGGCCAGCGUGGAAGCAGUUGGCCCUCAAGGCCUCUGAGCAGGAAAGCAUGGGUCUGGACCCUGCGCACAGGAGAAAGGGACCAGGAAUUUUCCCAUUCCUCGGUUUCGGGACCUAUGAACCGCAUCAGCGACCACCCGAACUGGAGCAGAUACCAUUCCAACCGCAUCAGCGACCACCCCAACCGGAGCAGCGACCACCCCAACUUGAGCAGAUACCAUUCCAACCGCAUCAGCGACCACCCCAACUGGAGCAGAUACCAUUCCAACCGCAUCAGCGACCACCCCAGCUGGAGCAGCGACCACCCCAACUGGAGCAGAUACCAUUCCAACCGCAUCAGCGACCACCCCAACUGGAGUUUUCCAACACAGGUUCGAUUCCUUCGCUAGAUAUGCACCUGGUGAUGCUAGCUUGGAGCCCGUGGGAAUGUCAUUGCUCCACGGGUACCAUGAGCCGAGUUCGGAGAGGAAUAUUUUUGGGUUUCACUUGGCGUCUUCGACCUGGGCCCCUGGAGACCCAGCGCCAGCCCUGCACUUAUGCCCAAUGCCACUGUAACCAGGAGAGGAAAGAAUGCCCCUCAGACCACAUCUUGUGUUCCUCUACCCCUGGUGCCUGCAACCACCGUGCUUUCCUAACCUCAUUGGCAAGUCCAGAAAACACCAUCAACGAAACAGCAUUCUGGAAACAAGUCCAAGACGGGCUAGAUGAAGUUUGGGUAGGACUCCGAUCUCUGGUGACCAAGGAGAAAAAGAUAAAGAGAAACCAGAGGUGAUGGCCAUGUCCAGCCCCAAAGGAAGAGGAGAGGAUGUCAGCACCCUAGUCUCCUUUCUCCCUUCCACUACCACUUCUAAUUUUCCACAUCCUAUGGAUAUCUUUUGUAAAGUAAU